AUAAAAAGCUUAAAAACAAUUAAAUACAUGGCUAAUUAAAUACAUGGCUAAUUUCUUGAAAUCCAAGAUAUUUCUGUUCCCAGUGCAGCGGAAGCGUUUUGAGUUGCAUCAUAAAGAUGCCGUUCUGGUUGGCCUGUCUGGUAGAAACUAUCUUCUUCUACUUUGCCAACCUCGCCAUGAUGACCGCCAUGACCAUCUCGGUGUGCAGGCUUCUCAUGGUCAUCAAGUUUGAUAAGAUGAUUGAGUUUGAACCUGAAGAAUCUGUUGAAAGAAUAAAAACCCUUCUCCUAACUCUCACUGCUCUACCUACAGUAUACCCAGCUUACGUCGUCUUCACUAAAGAAUUUGUGUCUCCCCAAGUAGAGUUCUAUACUGGACUAGAAGGUUCUGAAUCUAUCAACCCCCACCUUAUCUUCAGUUCUCUAGUCUGCACUGUCUGUAUCAUAGCAACGAUUGGACCCUAUCUCUACGGCAAAUAUUAUCUCAUAAAAAACCACGCAAUCAGUGUACGGUCUGAGAGAAAAGAUGCCUCCAAGAACAUGAUAAACAUGAAGGCUGUUAUAAUAAGCUUUGUUCUAGCAACCCUCAGUGUCCUGGUCGUUAUUCUUUUACGUGUCGUUGACCAGCGUCUAGCACCAAUCAACAUAAUUCUAGUUUCCUCAACCUUUACGGUGUUCUUAGUUAAGUUUGUCCUUAGCAACAAAAUCCGCGAGUUUUUCCUCCGAAAAGCAUUUCAGAAAAAAACAAAUGCACAAGAAUUUUUGAUUUGGUUCAAAUCCUGUUUUUGCCAUUUGAAGAGGAACAAAGUUGAUGUCCACAGAAUUGAAAUGGAAAGUGUGGCAUGAAAAGGCCGGGACACUAAAGCUAUAGCUUUGGUACGGCUUUUUUAUGUGGCAAGAUAGUGUACGAAUCUGUUUGAGGCCCAGGGGUGGAUGUCAGAAAAACAAUUUUCUACAAUAACUGUGAUGUGUAAUUAAUAGUUUAAUAUGAGUGUUAUCAUUAGAAAGUUCAAUUAUUUAUUUAUAAAUUCCUUAAU